UAGACAUGAGGGAAAGACACUGCGAUACAGUUCAGUGACUGUGAAGUCACUAUUGGUCACCAUGUUCUCACCGUAGAACCUAUAUGGAAACUGAAGGGUCGUGAUUUUUCGAUCGGGACCAGAUGCGCUUUUACGCACUCCGUCCCCAGCCCUCACACACUGCGCGCUUUUUACGCACACUGGAUAUUUGACUCCUCGGCCCUCGGCACGAUGUCAAACGUCAGAAAACCGCAUUAUUCUAUAGGAAGAGGUUGUGUGUCAUUCAUUUGGAGCUCUUGAGAGGGACAGUUUGUUUUCUCGUCGAGAGUACGAAAUGACCAACUCACUGAUGGUUUCAUUGGGAUUUGCUUAGACUUUCUUUCUUUCUCCAUUCCACUUCCGACACUGUAGGUCUGUCACAAACGGAUUUAUAAGUUAAGGACUUACUUCAAAAUCGCCCGUAUCUGCGGAUAUUUCUGGCAGGGAUAAAUAACAAGGCGAUAAUGGCUUUAUCGCUCCUUUACGCGUUGUGCAUGUGGAUGAGUUUAGUCUGUUGUUCGCUGGGAACAGGGUUUGUUUAUCACUUCCCAGGCAUCACUCUGCAGCGGCAGCGCAUCAAAUCGGAACAGAGUGGCAGCACUGGACCGCCGGGUACCGGGUCCCGUAACCAACUCAGGAACUGGUGUCAGUAUACUGUUUCCAAAACAGUGUCCUGUCAGGUGCACAAUGGGACAGAAACCACAGUGCAGCGAGUGUUUCAGGGCUGCCGCUGGCCCGGACCCUGCUCCAAAGUCAUCAGCUACAGGACGCUGAUCAGGCCGUCCUUCAAGGUUGCCUACAAGCAGGUCACUACACUGGAGUGGAGAUGCUGCCCAGGGUUUGUCGGAGAAGAGUGUCGUGAUGUUAAUGGCUGCGGAGGCGGAUGUGAGUGUGGGCAUACAGGCCAUCACUGUGAGUGGGCAGACAGACAGAAAUCAUGCAGAGUCAGGAGACUAGCAGAGUGUAUGAACUGUACCAGUUUCACCGACAUGAACCGACGAAUAAAUGCCAUUGAAUCAAAGAUCAUCCUGUUAGAAGAGGGACGUUUAUUUCUGCCGACAGCAGGCAGUUUGCCAGAGAGCUCAACACACAAUGAGGUGGACACACCCCAACCCACUCCUAUUGGACCGCCAUCAUACCUGCCACGAGGACCAGAAACUAUAGGACCCCCAGGGCCCAUCGGACCACCAGGGCCUCCAGGUUCUACUGGACCUUCUGGUCCUGCUGGAAGAGCAGGCCUCCCCGGACCCAUCGGACCAAAGGGGGACAGAGGUCUGCCAGGAGAAAUAGGUCUCCCUGGCCCUCCUGGUCCACCUGGUCCUCCAGGGAUGCACUCCUCACGAGUCCAAGAGCGGGGUGACGUUUUUCAUGUGGACAAUCAAGCUCUCCCUGCUCCUCUGAUCGGGCCUCCCGGUCCAGCAGGUCCUGUCGGCCCCUCAGGCCCUCCAGGACUCAGAGGACCUUCGGGGAUACCAGGCCUACCAGGACAAGAUGGGAAGGAAGGCCUCCAAGGCAAGCCGGGGAAUCCUGGACCCAAAGGAGAUCCAGGGGAAAGGGGGUCGCCAGGUGUUACAGGCGAGCAGGGUCUACCUGGAGCACCAGGGGCAAAAGGAGAGCCAGGAGAGGGCUUGAAUGAGGGGGAGGCCGUGCAGCAACUUAGGGAAGCUCUGAAGAUCCUGGCUGAGAGAGUCCUGAUCCUGGAGCACAUGAUUGGCAUUCACGACAACUCUGAAGGCUCUGGAUUUGGCAGCAUUUCAGACCCCUUGUCUUUCUCUGCCAUUAAGAUCAAGCGACUUCAGCCUGUUCAAACCUCUGCAGCACUGGAGGAAAGUCACAAACGAGCUCCCCUUUAAGAGUGUAGCCUUAUUUGUAUUUGUACGUAUGUGUAUUAUUGUGAUGGAUGUGGCAGAAUUGUUGUUUAUCGUGUUUCUCAUACCUUUAUUAUUACAGUUUGUUUGCCUAUUAUUGUCCUUUUUGUUGUUAUAAAAGAGUACUGAUGUUAAAACUAAGCUCUUCGCAGACAUGAGAUGUUGAGCAUUUCACCCAUAUGAACAGCUUUUUUGAGCCUUUUUGACCCUGUUGCUGCAUGAUCCGACUUAACCUUCGCAGCAGCACUUCUACAAUGUUCUACAAUGAAAUAUAAUCUCAUAAAGUGUUAUGAAGGUUUUGGCAUCUUUCUUUCCUGGGAUAAAAGACUGCCUAGUAAACACAUCAGUUUCCUUGGCUGAUGUUGCAAAGCUCCUCAGGCUGUGAUGUGAGUUCCCGAGAGCUCGACCCAAAAUAUACUGUUUAGUGUCAAACACAUUUUUGGAAGGACCUCGGGGGUUCAUCUCCUGUUGGCCUGUCAAACAUAUUUCUUCCUUUCUCUUCUUUUUGUCUCUCUCUCUCUCUCUGGUUGCUCUACCUUGUUAAAACUGAGGUAAGACAUGACAAGAUGCCAAGAAUAUCUGCUUAAAAUAAAGUUAGGUGAAAUGAAUAGCAUCUGGAGAGCACACAUCUGGAAAGCAAAAGGAAGAGAUACUGAAACAGAUGAGUUUUGUACUGGUAAUCGUAAACCCUGAUUGGCUUCAGUGUACCUUCACAUGACUGGCUGAUGGAGCAGUAAACCUGACAGGAUUACACUCACUUCUUCACAGAUUUGUUUUCAACCUGAUAUGAUUAUAGUAUAAUGAGUCUCUGGGAGACCAAGCCUGUUUGUCUCUGAAUAUGUCUGGUGCAAUUUUUUGUUUUCUCCGUUACAAGCUUUAUAUUCAACAGAAACAGUUUGGCAAUUUUUGAGAUAUAAGCUUAUUCACUUUCUUGCCAAGAUUUAGAUGAGAAGAUCAAUACCAGAGCCCGCAGCUUAGGUUAGCACAGACUGAAGACAGCUAGCUUAGCUCUCUCCGAAGAUAAAGAAUGAAGAUUUCUCUUAUCAACAAUUGCAUGUUGAUGGUGACAAUACAGCUGCAUUCGCAUCUUGUUGUUCAGACCAAAAUUAGGCCCAACUGAGUGGGAACAACUGUUUGAAAGAACUACAGCAACAAACCAUUGGAAAAAUGGUUGAGAUGCUUCCAUCUUUAGAUGCCAUUAGACCAAAACACCAUCCAGUAUUAACACUAGUACACCAAUUUAUCUAUUUUAAAAGGAGCUCUGCACUAUCAAUGUGUGUAUUUGGUAUCACUUAUUGAUGAACUGCCUAAAAUGUUAAUGUGAGAAAACAAGCUAAUUUAGGAUAUAGUUACCUGUGAUUACAAGUUUAAUCCUUUUUGGUAAUCCUUUUUGAAUAGUGGAUGAAGAUGGUUUUUCUUCCUGUUUUACUGACACCACAACAUGACUGCCAACACAAAGUCUGCCACAUCACCCGCCACAAACCCACAGCCAUAUUUACACAGUAUGACCUAAACAAACAACCUAUGACAUAUUAAUAAAUUGAGUUCUUUCAGCUUAGGACAGAGCCAAGCUAGCUGUUUCCUGUCUUUGUGCUAAGUGAAGCUAAUCAGCCGCUAGCGGUAGGUUUACUUUUAUCCUACGGACAUGAGAUUGGUAUCGAUUUCCUCUUCUGACUCACAGCAAGAUAGCAGAUCAGUAUGUUUCCGAAAAUGUCAAGCUUGUUCUUUUACCGUACUGAGCAGAGGAGAGAUGGACCUGUCUGUAUCUGUCGUUCAGACUCUGAUUAGUCAUCACAUGCUCCAGAAUGUUGAGCCUACUGAUGAAAGCCUACCAUUUAAAUACAACCUUUUUGUUGUGUCUUGUGCAUGUGUCAUUAUCUUUUAUAGGAAACAACAUUCAGGUGUGCUUUGUUGUUUAAUUUGUGGGACAUUAUGCUCAGUGGAUAUUUAACGGUGUUGAUUACUUAAGUAAGAUUAAACUCACAACAACAAAGUGA